GAUCUCAUUCAUAUUCAUAUUAGCUUAGACAUAGAACAAGUCUAUAUUUCUAAAAACAUUAAAAACUUGUUUGUUUUUGUUGGAAAAAACAGCGGCUGCAAGCGCGGUCAUUGCAAAGACGGGCGAAAACUUGCAAGUUCGACGCGAUUUGGCAACUCUGUUCUUUACAUAACAAGAAGAAGAAGACUCUCCACACACCGGGAGAUAUUAUUACGGAUUAAUUGCAUUUUUACCGAAAAACAAUGGUCAGCACACAGAACAACGCCUGCAGCAUAUGCGAAAAGGUGGGCCUGAAGCCGUUCACCCGGGAGAACGUCUUCAACUACUACAUACCCCUCCAUGGCCUGGUGAGCUAUGGUGCCUUGUCGGUCAAUGUGAUGAACCCCCAGAUCGUGCCCAAGUUUCUGCCAAAGAAGGAUCUGACCAAUGUCUUUCUGAUCUCCGCCGUGGUGGGCAGUGCCUUCUACAUUUACGGACGUCCCCACCUCAAGGACGUGAAGAACAACAAACGUGGAGCAUACGCUCUCCUGGGGGCCACCCUCUUCAGCAUGGGAUCCGUUUUGGCCUGGGCCCUGAUCAAGUCCGCCUUGCCGAAGGACAACGCCCUGCUGGCCACCUUGGCCGGACUGGGAACAGGAGCUGCCAUCGUGAAAGUGGGUACCGAUUACAUUAAGGAAGUGGACAAGCUGCAGAAGAACUAAAAGGGAAACUGUGGAACUGAUUACUGACCUAAACUGGGUUCGUACGGAUUAGAAAAACGUUUAUAAAACACUCGUAUAAAUAAAAAUUAUCGAUAUUGUAAGUCGGGGACUCAA